AUGGCGAAUUCAGUAGAAAGGGCGCUUCCACCUCUAGAUUUAACAGGGUCUUCCUCUCAGGUCGCGGAACGAUGGCGACAGUGGAAACGAUCGUAUCAGUAUUACAUCGAUGGCAAGGGAAUUACGAAUCCUUCUCGGAAAACAGCUCAGUUACUUCAUUUAGCAGGUAUGGAAGUACAAGAUAUUUACGAAGAUAUUCCAGAUCCUGGACCACUGAAUGCUAACGAGGAUAAUGAGUAUGUGGUGUGUCUGCGAAAGUUGGAUGCUCAUUUCCGAGCCGAGGACAAUGUACCGUACGAGCGUCAUGUCUUUCGUCAACUUACGCCGACAAAGGGAGAGACCGCCGAUAAGUUCAUGGUUCGUUUACGUGAACAAGCUCGUCAUUGUAAUUUUGGUCCAACUUUGGAAGAAAAUUUACGGGAUCAAUUGAUUGAAAAGUUGCCUAAUGUUGAGCUAAAGAAGAAGCUAUUGGAAGUCGUUAAUAUUACUCUGCAAGCAGCAAUGGAUAAAGUUCGAAAGUGGGAAGCCUCACACGAGGAGGCAGGUCAAAUGGUCAUGCCAAGCCAAGAACCUGGAGCAGGUACUCAUGCAGUUGAAGAACGUCCUGGGCGUGGAGACAAAGGGAAAAGCGUUUGUUUCAACUGUGGUAAAGAAGGUCAUUUUGCCCAAAGUACAAAUUGUCCCGCCCGAGGUCGCAAGUGCAGCAAGUGUGGUAAAUAUGGUCAUUAUGCCAGCUGUUGCAAAGGGGGAAGGAACUCGAAGCCUGGAAAACAAGGUAACAACCAACAACGGGGAGGCAGACAGCAGCGUCAUGGCAAGGGGAGACAGGCAAAUCAUGUUGAGGGUCAUUGUAACGAGUCAGGUGAGGAUGACAGUUUUGCUUUUACUAUAGAAGAACAGACAUGUGCUAUGUCAAAUUCCUCUGAACCCGUUAUCUCAGUGAAGAUUGGUGGAAUCAGCAGAGAUGUGUUGAUUGAUUCAGGUUCUGCAAGUAACCUCAUUAGUAAAGAUACACUGCAGGAACUUAAGUAUCAGGGGCUCAAGAUUGAAUUAAAACCUUGUCUGAAGAGAUUGUAUGCUUAUGGGGGUCGAGAGCUUAAAAUUGAGGGCCAGUUUCAGACAGAAGUUUCCGUACCCAAAGGAAAGGUUGUGGCAGAUUUCAUUGUUGUUGAAUCCGGGCGUUGUUUGCUGGGAUAUUCGUCCGCCACAGAUCUUGGAAUCCUUCGUGUGGAUCUCUCGGGAACUCUUGGGACAGGAGACUGUAACACUGUUGAUGGUACCUUCGUGGGAGGACUCAAAGCAAAAUACCCCAGUGUAUUCCAAGGAAUUGGAAAGCUUAAAGAUUAUCAGUUGAAGCUACACAUUGACCCCAGUGUAACUCCAGUCGUUCAAAAAAUGCGACGAGUACCUUUUUCUGUAAAAGACAAAGUAACUGCCAAGGUUAACGAACUCCUUGAAAAGGACAUAAUUGAGAAAGUCGAGGGGCCUACGGUGUGGGUAAGCCCAGUCGUUGUUGCUCCUAAACCGUCCGGGGACAUAAGGUUGUGUGUCGACAUGCGGAGAGCCAACGAGGCCAUUAUUCGGGAAAGAUUGCCCAUACCAACCAUAGAUGAAGUCCUUGAAAGUCUUAAUGGGAGUGGUGUUUUCUCGAAGUUAGAUUUAAGGUGGGGUUUUCACCAAAUUGAGCUGGAUCCUGAUUCAAGGGAUAUCACUGCUUUUGCCACCCAUGAUGGUAUAUUCCGCUACAAACGUUUGAGUUUCGGUGUAAAUGCCGCACCAGAGAAGUACCAGCAUAUCAUCACCCAGUCAAUGGCAGGUCUACAAGGGGUGUCAAACAUAGCAGAUGAUCUUAUCGUUCAUGGUCGAGACACUGAAGAACAUGAUAAGAACUUACACAGUGUGUUGCAACGUCUUAGUGAGAAGCAGCUGACUUUGAAUGCUGAAAAAUGCACUUUCCGAAUGACUAAAGUGGUAUUCAUGGAUCUUUUGCUGAGUAAGCAUGGCAUCGGCCCAACGGAGGAAAAAGUCAGAGCAGUUGCAGAGGCAAGUCAGCCUCAGACACCCUCAGAAGUCCGUAGCUUCUUGGGGCUCGUUGGAUUCAGUGCCAGGUUUAUACCCGAUUUUGCUACCACUGCUGAUCCCCUCAGAAAACUUGCAAGAAAAGGGGAACUGUUCGUUUGGGGCAAGGAGCAGGAGCAGUCGUUUCAGAGAUUGAAGAGUCAAGUUGCAAGUGCACCAGUCCUAGCUUACUUCAAUAAGGACACACCCACCCGUGUUAUUGCUGAUGCAAGUCCUGUUGGACUUGGCGCCGUGCUGGUGCAAGAAAAGAAUGGGGAAAGCCGUGCCAUCUGUUAUGCUAGUCGUAGUUUGAGUCAAGUGGAGCGUCGUUAUAGUCAGACAGAAAAGGAAGCACUAGCCUUAGUCUGGGCUUGUGAACGCUUCCACCUCUACUUGUACGGGCUUCCACAAAAAAACAUCGCAGAUGCCCUUUCCCGACUGACGAAGAUACCGGCGUCAGACAAUUCCGCGGAAGAUGAUGGAUAUGUACGCGCGAUAGCUCUACAUGCUGUCCCCGCUGCAUUAAGAAUCAAAGAGAUUGAACAAGUCUCAGCACAAGACUCUGAGUUGCAAGCACUCAGAAAUUGUCUCAUCGAAGGGAAAUGGGACAAUGCCCCAAAGCAGUAUUUGCCAGUGCGCAAUGAGUUGACUUUUAUUGGCCAUGUAAUUCUCCGGGGGACAAGAAUUGUUAUACCCCAAGCACUUCGCAAGAGAGUCGUUAGUGUGGCACACGAGGGGCACCAAGGAGUCACAAAGACAAAGGAGAGACUUAGAACAAAAGUCUGGUGGCCUGCUAUGGAUCGUGAUGCCGAGAAAAGAUGUGCAGAGUGUUACGGGUGCCAGAUGGUUACAAAGAACGUUCCACCCCCACCAUUGAAGUCAACACCGUUACCCAACAAACCAUGGGAAGAAGUAGCUGUGGAUCUAAUGGGUCCGUUACCUUCUGGAGAACACUUGUUAGUUCUCGUUGAUUAUUACAGCCGGUGGAUAGAAGUUGAUGUUAUCCGAACAACUUCCAGCAAAACCAUCAUUCAUUGCUUGGAUGCCCAAUUUGCAAGACAUGGGUUGCCUAAAGGUCUGCGUACCGACAAUGGUUCAAAUCUUGUAUCCAAAGAAGUAGAAGAUUACCUGAAUGAAAUGGGGAUUGAACACCGUUACACAACACCUCUAUGGCCAAGAGCUAAUGGCGAGGUAGAGAGGCAAAACAGGUCGCUUCUUAAGUCCAUGAGAGCAGCCCAUGCAGAAGGACAGAAUUGGAGAGAGGAACUAAACAGGUUUCUUUUGGCGUACAGGUCCACGCCACAUUCAACCACAGGAAAGAGUCCCGCCGAGUUAUUGUUUAGGAGAAAGCUAACAACUAAAAUGCCUGAGCUAGUCAACGUUGAAGAGGAGGAGCUAAAAGUGAGCGACCAAGCCGUUCGUGAUCGGGACAAUCAGAGAAAGCAGUUUAACAAGGACUAUGUGGACAAGAAGUUCCAUGCCAGAGAUCGAAAUGUGAAAGAAGGAGACAGUGUUCUGCUUGAGAAGAAGAAAGAAAAUAAGCUGUCACCUUGCUAUGAGAAGGAACCAUAUCAGGUGAUAUCUCGUUCGUUGCGAUCGCCUCAAGGUGUCCAGUACAAACGCAGCCUUCAGCAUAUUAAGUCCUUUAAUAUGCCAGAUCCAGAAGAACAGGAAACGCCACAACAGGACGCUAAACCACGGACUGAACCUAAGUCAUUUGAGACGCCACCUGUGGCAGAGGAUCAAGUACCAAUGGCUGAAUCACCACCAGAAGAUGUACCUUCUACUGUACCUACAGCUGAGCCGCAUGUGAGAAGAUCCGGCAGAAUUACGAGCCGUCCAAAGGCUCUGAGUGACUACAUUCUACACUACAACUACCUGAUCAUUGUUGACUAUUUCUCAAAUUUCUGGGAAAUCGACCACCUUCCUAACACAACAGUCAUCACUGUCAUAAAGAAGCUGAAAUGCCACUUCGCGAGUCAAGGCAUACCAGACAUCGUCAUGAGUGACAAUGGCCUACAGUUUGCUUGCGAGAAAUUCAGUAACUUUGCCAACGAUUGGGGUUUUGAGCACCGACCAGGAAGUCCUGGACACCAACAGACAAAUGGCAAGGCAGAAGCAGCUGUCAAAGGGGCGAAACGACUUCUGCGAAAGGCCAAAGACACCAAAGGUGACCUUUACCUUGCAGUACUGGCGCAUAGAAACACCCCUACUGAGUCAAUGGGGACCAGUCCUGCCCAACGGUUACUUGGCCGGCGUUGUAAGACACAACUCCCGACAACCAAAGAGCUACUAAAGCCGCAGUGUGUACCAGCUGAAACAGUAAAGAGGAAGACGCAGGCAAAGCAGGCGCAGCAAACUCUGUAUUACAACAGAGGAACGCGUGACCUUUCCCCCUUAGAAGAAGGAGCUCAGGUCAGGAUGAGACCAUUCCGACUAAGAAAAAGAGUAUGGGAACAGGCCACGGUGGCGAAAAGACAUGACGAACGUUCCUAUGAAGUCGAGACGGAGAAAGGGACCUAG